AUGUCGGUCGUCGAGCGUGUCGAGACUAUGACCAAGGACAAAUCCAUGGCUGAGGAUGCAGACAACAAUGGCACCAAGUCGGUCAUGAAGGCUUCCAGUCGUGAGGAUAUGAGUGGAGAGAUGGAGACCGGGGAAGUGCACCGAGUCGAGGAGAAAUAUUACAGCAAGGUCUCGGUCUAUCUGAUGAUGCUGUUUGCCGGUCUAGCACUUGGGUCUGAUGGAUAUAACGCUUCAGUCAUUGGCAAUGUCGAGUUGCUGUUCGCAGUGCUAUAUCCCGAAGCAUUGACUGAUGCCAUGUAUUCUCGGCUAUCCAACGCAUUCUUGGUCGGCAUGAUCAUCGGAAUGCUGGGAUUUGGCUUUGUGGCCGACCAACUUGGCCGGAAGACAGGAGCGGUGCUGACGACGACCCUGCUCGUGCUGGGUAUUGUAUUGAGUACGGCGGCCAAUGGCGCCUCUGACAAUGGGAUGAUGUGGAUGCUUGUCGUAGCUCGAGGAGUUGCCGGAGUUGGUGCAGGAGGAGAGUAUCCUGUUUCUUGCGCUGGUGCACUAGAAGCAUCCGACGAAGGAGCCCAAUACCGCAAACAGCGAGGCUUCAUGUUCGCGCUUGUCGGAGACCUCUCGGCCUCGCUGGGCUACUGCUUCGGCGCGCUGGUGCCGCUCCUCCUCCUUCUCUGCGUCAACCAGAAGGAAAGCAAGUAUGAAGUGGUAUGGAGACUGUCCUUUGCUCUGGGCAUGAUCCCGCCCGUGUCAAUCUUCUGGUUCCGCAUCCGAAUGGCCGUGUCGACCGCCUACCGCAAGUCGAGUCUGCGGAAACAGAGGAUCCCAUACCAUUUGAUCGGCAAGCGGUACUGGCGCCGUUUGCUUGGUGGCGCGUCGACCUGGUUUCUAUACAACUAUAUCAGCAUUCCCUUUGGCAUUUUCAGCUCCACCAUCGUCUCCAGAGUCAACCCGUCCAGUUCGCUGGUCAAGACUUUAGGCUGGGGCGUGGUCAUCAACGCCUUCUACAUCCCAGGCGCUUUCAUCGGAGGACUUCUGUCUGACAGAAUUGGACGGAGGAAGACCAUGGCCUUGGGCUUUGCUCUUCAGGCCGUCCUCGGUUUCGUCUUGGGUGGUGCAAACAAGCAGAUCCAGAAAGUCUUCCCGCUGUUCAUCGUCCUGUAUGGUGUCUUUUUGACCUUGGGAGAGGUCGGUCCAGGAAGUACCGUCGCCAUCGUCUCAUCGGAGCCCUUCCCUACCUCGGUCAGAGGCCACACUACCGGUUUCAUUGCUGCUUGGUCCAAGGCCGGAGCUGCCAUCGGCACGCAGGUCUUCACCGCCAUUCUUAACGCAUACACCGACGACCCAGAUAAAGGUAACCAAAUAGCCUUCUUGAUUGGAUCCUGCUUCGCCCUGCUCGGCGCUUUCCUAGCAUUCUUCCUCGUGCAGGAUGCCAACAAACAUCUGGACGACGAGGAUGACAAGUGGAAGAUCUAUCUUGCUGAGCAUGGAUGGGAAGGAUCGUGGGGUGAUAACGAGACCAGAGAUCCUGCUGGUGUCCUCAAAGGCCCACUCACGCGCGUAUCCUAA